GUGGAACUUCAUGAUAAAGCUCGCUCAUCAGGCUAUGAACCUAUAUUUUCAGACAUGGAUUAUUACAUAGGAAAAAUCUGCGAUGCCACACAGCCCAUGACGUUCAUUCGGGUCUUUGCAAUCCUAAUUCUUGCCGACAAAGAAAUGACUAUUUUUGAGUUUGUCGACAAUGGUAUAUGCGACCAGGAACUACCAGUGACUGGUGGUCGAAGUCUUGCCCCAUUGUCACAAUCGUUUGAUUGUAUUAAGACGUGGGGUCGUCUACAGCAAGAAGCAUUUGACAAGUGGCUUUGGAGGAUCGAUGUGCCCUUCUUGACAGACGGACAAGACAUAAUAAAAUUCCAUCGUCGUGCUGUGCUACCAUUCAUUACUCGAUCUACAGAACAGUCGAAUGGCCUGGAGGAUUCGGACUAUUCAAGAGUUGAGCCUUAUAUGCCAGGAACUGGAGGGUACGGAGAAGUCUCUAUUGUGGAGAUACAUCCGAAAUGUCACAACUUUCAAUGUAGACCGGGAUUGCAGUUACAUAGACCAGAGGGUCCAUUUGCGCUCAAGAAGCUCCAUCCUACAAGGAAUCGAGAUAUUGAAAAAGAUUUCAUGAACGAAGUCAAAAUGCUUAGGACGUUUAAUGGCAACGUUCAUCCACACAUCGUGACCGUCCUAAUGGCAUUCAAGCACGGGGAUCGUUGCUGUUUUCUUUUCCCGUGGGCCGACUGCGAUCUUUUGACGUAUUUCGAAACAAAAACCAUGCCAGAUAUGAAUAUCACAAACUUCCAUUGGGUUGCCGAACAGACUCUCAAUAUCACGGAGGCUGUCCACCACAUUCACUUCCCUCCUGGGGUGGAUAGCCUAAGUCCAGAUAUGAAACUUUAUGGCCGACACGGUGACAUAAAGGCAGAGAACAUACUCGUUUUCAAUGAGAAGAAUAAUCCGCUUCUUGUCCUUUCAGACUUCGGACUUGGUUCCAUGCACCAUGACUGGAGCAAGUCGAUGGUUCCGAAUCGGCAAAUCCAAGCAACCCCGGGGUUUCGGCCACCCGAAUGUGAUAUGGAAAAUGGCCACAUCAGCAGGGCAUUUGAUGUUUGGACUCUAGGAUGUGUCUUCCUUGACAUACUGAUAUGGCUUCUCGGCGGCGAGACUCUGAGACGUAGUUUCGAGUCAGAUCGAAUGGCGGCGAGUCACCCCCAGGGACUCCAAACUCCUACCUAUUUCGAGGUCAUACAGACUGAUAAUGGAAGAUUUGGAUUCAUCAUAAAGGAGCAAGUCAAUAAGUGGUUUGCCGAGCUACACCGCCAUGAUCGCUGCACUGACUUUGUCCACGAAUUUCUGGAGUUGAUCCAACAGAGAAUGUUGAUCGUUGAGACCCAAAGUGAAAAGAGGGCAAGGACUCAUGACCUAGUUGCUAGUUUGAAAACCCUUCGUGACAAGGCGCUACGUGACGAACGCUAUUGCCUUGGUGCUAAUCCCUAUGACCGGCCUAGCAAUGUUCCUACGAUAGCUGAAGGAAUGCUAAGCGAGCACGCUAAGCGUCAUAUCACGGCGUCUCAUGCCAUUCCUAGGACAGUCAGUGGUCCUACACAGCUAGCGGAACAAACAUUUGAGGAAGGGGAUGUGCUUAUAAGAGAUCUGAGAGAUCGGAGAGAUCGGAGAAUCUAA